AUAUUAAUUUCGAAACCUAACAGCCCCAGAUUCAGUUCGUCCUACUUCCUCCUCACUCCCGCUAGCAGCAGCAGCUCCGGCCCAGCAACGUUCUCCGCCGCUGUCGCCGGCGUUGACACAGACGGCGACGCUCCCCUCGCCCGGGUCCCUCUCUCUGGCUCCUUGCUACUGCUACAUCUAUAUCGCUGAGUUGCCGCCCAAAAAUUGCCGGUGGCCUCGCCUCUCCGGUCUCCGCCGAAUGACGUCUCUGCUUGCUUCUUCGGCGUCGUCGACGGAUUACUUACCGAGUUCAGUUGUUCACCACUGAGCUUCAAUAGUUUCCUGGUAACAGAACACAAAUUCAGAUUGAUGUGGGUUGUAGAUUGAAGAGGAACAGCGUCUGCUCAUUCAGGUUUUCAGCUUUUUUUGGUUUUUCUUUUUUGAAUUAUUAUAUGCUUAAUAGGCUAAGCAGAAAGUGCUUCUCCUCUGCUGCUGCUCCACUCCCAUGGCUUUUUGUGGGGCUCGGAAACCCUGGUGACAAGUACAGAGGAACUAGACACAAUGUGGGAUUUGAGAUGAUUGAUGCAUUUGCUUCGUCAGUAGGAAUUCCUAUGGAUACAGUCCAUUGCAAAGCUCUUUUUGGAAAGGGUUUUGUUGGUGAUAUCCCUGUUUUCCUCGCCAAGCCUCAAACAUAUAUGAAUUUGAGUGGUGAAUCAACCGAACCGCUGGCUGCUUAUUACAAACUACCUCUUAAUCAUGUGCUUGUGUUCCACGAUGACUUGAAUUUGCCAUGUGGGGUGCUUCGUCUCAAUGACAAAGGGGGCCAUGGAAGCCACAAAGGGCUGAAGAGUGUUAUCUAUCACUUUAGAGGAAAUAGAGAAUUUCCUCGGCUAAGAAUCGGGAUUGGAAGGCCUCCUGGGCAAAUGGAUCCUAAAGCAUUCUUGCUUCAAAAAUUCAAUGUAACAGCUAGACAACGAAUUGAUGAGGCAUUGCAAGAGGGGGUUGAUGCCUUAAAGCUCCUUUUAUCUCAAGGGUAUGAUGAGAGUGCAAAAAGGUUCAACAAAGAGCAAAAGUACAAACACUUAAGAGUGCAAACAUUACCAGUUUGAUGGAGUUCCCACCAUGAUGUCAGUCUUUGUUAAAAGUUAAUGAUAAAAUGUUUGAGAGUAUAGUUAGUCACACACACUGUUAAAUUGCAUCAUGUUAUAAUCUGCAAAUUAGUGAAGCAGUAGAGAAUGAGAUCAUCCAAGUAAAAUGAGCAUUUUUGUUUUCUUUUGCACAUAUUUCAUAAUUAUAAUGUCUACUCAUUACUAGUAGCUUGUUUUGCUGGGUGCUUUAUUAAGAAAAUGAGAUCAUAGUUUAUUUCA